GUCAGAGAGAUGAUAGGUUAAUCCACUAAGUCUGAGCAAACUGCCGUAACACCAACACCUGAGGAAACAUGGGCCUGCUGGCCAUUCUCCGGAGGCUGAAGCAGUCUCCAGAACAGGAGGUGCGCUUGCUGUUGCUUGGCUUGGACAAUGCUGGCAAGACCACUCUGCUGAAACAACUGGCAGCUGAAGAUAUCAGCCACAUCACCCCUACACAAGGCUUCAAUAUAAAAAGCGUUCAAUCAUCUGGCUUCAAGCUGAAUGUUUGGGACAUUGGAGGCCAACGCAAGAUCCGCCCCUACUGGAGGAACUAUUUUGAGAACACAGAUGUUCUGAUCUAUGUGAUUGACAGCUCAGACAGGAAAAGGUUUGAAGAGACGAGCCUGGAGCUGUCUGAAUUGCUGGAUGAGGAAAAGCUUGCUGCUGUGCCACUGCUAAUCUUUGCCAACAAGCAGGACCUGAUGACAGCCACCCCAGCGUCUGAGCUGGCAGAAUGUCUCAAUCUGCAUACGAUCCGGGAUCGCAUGUGGCAGGUCCAGGCCUGCUCAGCAGUCACUGCUGAAGGAGUACAGGAUGGCAUGAACUGGGUCUGCAGAAAUAUAACAUUUCGGAAGAAAUAA